AUGGCCGAACUCCCAACUCCCCCAGCAUCCCGCCAGAGCUCUGAAUCACCGGAGCUUCAUCUCCAGCAGUCUGGCACCGAGUCCUCUGCCAAAACCUUGGAAUUGCUGGGCUAUUCUCUGGAAAGAUAUCUUCUACUCCUGGAUCAGCAUCAGAAACUGCAGGCAGAUCUCGCCAAAAAACUAUCUUCGGGAUUCUUCUCCCUGGCGUACGCAAAUUAUACGUGUCCGCCCGGUCGGCGAUAUGGCGCUGACUACUAUGACGAGCGUAUGAAGGCUAUUAAGAGAAUGGCAAUACGAUCUCCUCCAUGCGCCGAAGAAGAAAAGAUCAUGGAGGGGGCUGAGGAUGCCCCGCAGGGAGAGCGUCAACCGGACGAGUACAGGCAGAUCUUCGCGAUUGAUGAGACUACGAACAAUCAGCAAGUCGAGGAGCCAGAAACGAGCGAAGACAAGGAAGAGGCCGACUCGGAAGUCGACAAUACACAUCAAGUUAAUCCGAGUGCAACUUCAGACCCCGACUCCGCAACGUCAGAAUCCAACUCCUCAAAAGGGCAGUCUCGCUUUUCUGACCCUAUCCAUUGGUACGGGAUCUUGGUUUCACCUUCUCUUCGCAGCGCUCAAAAGUCUUUCGCGGAAGCUGUAGAGCAAUACUUGCCCAAGUUGGCCAGUGUGGUUGUGGAGAUGCAGACUGUGGAGAGAGAGAUCGAGCGACUGCGAAGUCAACUACGAUGA